CUGACCUCUGAAAUUCAAAACUAAAAAAUAUUUUGUUUCGAUGUGCGAAAGUUGAAACCCCUCUCUGUUCUGAAUAUGGGCGACAAACGAAAGAAGCACCGUCAUCAACGCGACUCAACCUCCCCUUCCUCUUCAUCCUCUCCCUCCAUCGAUUCUGAUUCAGACUCCGACCGGUCUUCUAGACGCCGCCGCCAUCGCCGCGAAAAGGACCGUCGCAGAAAGACCGACGGAAGCUCCAAACGGGAAAGAGAAAGCAGGAGAAAGGAGAAGAGAAAAAAGAGAGACAAAGAGAGGACAAAAACCAAGAGACGCCACUAUUCCGAUGACUCCCACUCUUCCGACGAGGAAUCUCAACCUAGGCUUCAGCCACAAAUCGCGCUCCGUGAAAUGAUCACCGAGUUUCCCAAUGUCGGCAACGAUUUAAUGCAGAUAUUGCAAAUGAUUGAUAAUGGACAAGCUGUUGACAUAAAAGAUAUAUCAGAAAGAUCUUUAGUGAAGCAUCUGAAGAAGCUUUUCAUUUCCUUAAAUCUUAAGGAAAAUGGGGAUAGAGUUUUUUUACUGCCGUCUAAAGCUCCACCUACUUUAGAUGUUGUUGGUCCUCUAAUUCAAUCUUAUAUGCAUCCAACGACUGAGCAAGCUGAUCCUUCACCCCCAUUGCAUGAAAGAUGUUCGGUUCCGACAGAACAGAUUAUCGAUGACCAUUCCACAGAUGAUCAUUCUGUUGGUCCUAGAAAAAGGGUGAUUGGUCCUGCAAUGCCGUCUGCAGAGUUACUUGCUGCUGCUGCCAAAUUAACAGAGGCGCACACCGAGUUCAAAGAAGCUGAAUUGGAUGACGAUACUGAGCUAUUUAUAGGACCUGCACCGCCUGCUAUGGUUACUGAAGCAGAAUCAGCUAAUGAUGCAGAACGUUUUGAAGAGGUCACCAGGAUAAUGGAAGUUGAUAUUGACAGCCCAUAUGAUGUUCUAGGUGUUAACCAUAAUAUGUCUGAUGUUAACAUAAAGAAAAGGUACUGGAAGAUAUCACUAUUAGUUCAUCCAGAUAAAUGCUCUCAUCCACAAGCCCAUCAAGCAUUUAUUAAAUUAAAUAAAGCUUUCAAAGAGUUACAAGAUCCAGAAAAGCGGAAAGCAAUGGAUGAGAAAAUCAAACAGAAGCAAGAACAGGAGGACUUUAAGGCUGAACUUAAAGUCAUGCGAGAGGCUGCACUGUGGAGAAGAUCCCAAGGUAUAUCCAUGGAUGGUGAUGAUGAGCUUCUGGCACAGACAGAGGUUAAAGUGGAACCCAAAAGAGAUGAAUGGAUGACAACACUGCCUCCGGAGAGGAAACCUGGUGGUGUGUCUAUGCAAUCAACCCAAUUUAGUCGGGGCUCAAAGGAAGGUAGAGGAGACACUAGUAUUUGGACAGACACCCCUACUGACAGAGCCCAGAAAGCUAAGAUGAAUUAUUUGGAAGCAUACAACGAGGCUACUGCACUAGCCUCAAAUGAAGAAGAUAAGAAAAGGGCCAGUGCGGAUGCAGAUUUAGUGGACAAAUACAACAAAGCAAAACGAUCAAAAACAUUGGUUCAAAAACAUCAAGAAGAGGUUGCUAGCAAAUCCAAGAAAAAGUCCAAGCAACAGACGGAAAAGGGAGAGUGGGUGGGUCAACAUCCAUGGAAGCCAUGGGAUCGUGAAAAGGAUCUGACAGCUGGGAGGAUGAAAGUAAAACUUGAUGCAGAAGGCAUGUCUGAGGGCUUAACUUCAAGGUUUUCUUCUGGUAACUUUCAAAGGAACUUCCUUUGAUUCGAUCAAGAGUGAGUUUGCUUGCCUGAACAAAGACCUGUUUAAUGAGCUUCUAAUAGAAAUUGGGUUAUUCAUUUUCUAGAUGGUGCCGAAUACAGUCACGUGCUUCAAAUACGACGGAGAGUUCUGAUUACAGAAUUGCGUGACUGGCCUGAUUCCAAUUUUCAUAAAUUACAUACAGAUGUAUAUCUUUCAAGCAUGUUUAUGUGCAGUAUUUAUGUCUGUUGCAUGUGGUUAUAGCUAGUAAAACAAGUGAAGAUAGUAUUACAUAUACUGUCAAGUCUAUAUUUGAUUGGGCUAGGUGUAUGUUUAUCGUUGCUCAUAAAAAAUGUCACUUAUCAGUUAUCACUGCAGUCAAGUGGUGCAGGACUAUAUAAGAAGAUCCAUUUCACGCGUUUCAAUGUCUUUGUCUUGUUAAUAGAAUCCUUAUUUUCCAAA